AUGACUGGCCAGCCGGCUAGUCACUCCACGCUAAUCCUCGUGGAUUCCCUACAUGCUAAGCUUCCCAAGUGUGGGACCGGCCAGACUCAAAGUCAGGUCAGGUCAAGCACCUGGGAGUUGGGAAACCCACGGGCACGAGGCAGCAGUCCGCCUCGCCUCGACUCUCGUCUCGCACACCCGCGGCUGCUCGCCCUGCAUUAUAUGAACUUAAGCCAACAUCAAUACCACUUUAAUGGUACAGUGAUGGCUUCUAAUAAGAAACGCAACUAUGAUGGCAACUACCUGGAUUUUGGAUUUACAAGUAUCACUGAUGAAGGUGUAGUGAAGCCUCAGUAUGUUCAUGAUGAGGAUCUGAAGGAGGAAUUCUUGUUUUGUGAGCCUCUUGAACAAUCUACAAAAGGUGAAGAUGUAAUGCAGAAACUUACAGAAUUCUUUGAAUCUGAAGGUCUUGACUGGGGCAAUCUCUGUGGGAUAUGCACAGACGGUGCUCCAGCCAUGUUGGGUUCUCAGUCAGGUUUUGUUACAAGAGUUAUACAAAAAGCAACAAAUGCUAUUCCUCUUCACUGCAUGAUCCACAGGCAAGCUCUUGCAUCAAAAACGCUACCUUCAGAAUUACAGAACACUCUUAAUACAAUUAUAAAGACAGUUCACUUUGUAAAAGGUAGUGCUCUUAAUACACGCCUUUUCAAGAGACUCUGCCAAGAUAUGGAUGCAGCUCAUGAGACCCUCCUAUUUCAUACAGCAGUUCGCUGGCUAUCAAAAGGAAAUGUAGUUCAGCGUGUAUUUGAGCUCAGAGAAGAGAUCAGCCUCUUUCUCAGAAUACAGAACAAGCAAGAUUUGCUGUCAGCAUGGUCUGCAGAUAGCUUCGAAAUACGGCUAGCCUAUCUUGUUGACAUAUUUAGACAGUUGAACACACUGAACCUGGAACUUCAAGGGAAAGGAAGCUUGAUAAUCGAUUUUGUGGACAAAAUCAAAGCUUUCAUUCGUAAGAUGGAGAAUUGGAGGCGCAAAGUUGGAAUGGGAAACUUGGCAAUGCUGGAGACAGUGUCAGAAAUUGUAGAGGAGUGUGAUGCUGCUACGCAGAACUUGAUUACCCAACAUCUUGAGGCCUUGGAAGGGGAAUUUAAAAGAUACUUCCCAGAUAUCCAAAGCCUAACUUCUCGGCUAGUAAGGACCCCCUUCACUGCUCCAGUGACAUGCAUUCCUGAAGACAAUGAUGAUGGCCAAACUGAGCUGUUGACACUUCAGGAGGAUUCAGGAGCUAAGAUGAAGUUUGAAACUGAAUCUCUCACAGUAUUUUGGUCAUCAGUGGCAGCUUCAUACCCAAACUUAUGUGACUUAGCUUUUCGCCACCUCCUACCAUUUUCAUCAACUUAUUCCUGUGAGGCUGCAUUCUCUCAACUACUCCACAUAACGAAAUAUCACAACAGACUUGAAGUGAAGCAUGACCUACGGUGUGCUUUAAGUGAAACAAAACCAAGAAUCAAGAAGCUUGUUGAUAAUCUGCAACAUCACCCUUCACACUGA